GGGGGUCAGAAAUGUGGCUGAGCAUGUUUUAAGUGUUCUUUGACACAGCCACAGCCUCUUCAGCAUCCACCAUGGGUAACAUUAGCUGGGAACAGAACUCUUCAGGUUUUUGCAGGCGCUUCACACACACAUGAAUAGUUUUGAUAAUGUACGCUUGAAAAAAAGCCUUUUCUGGCUAAGUUUUCACUAAUCAAGCAUCAACAAUUUGGACAGUUUCUCCUCACCGUAAGACACAUGGCACAGGGGGUUUGAAACAGCCUUUUUGCAUACAAUUGUGAUUUAUUUUGAUCUGCACUGUGAUUUAAAUGAUACGUUUUAAAACCCAGCUUUCAACCAAAAGAGAGAUUACACCUGGAACUUGUCAGAGAGCUGAAAAAAAAGGUCAGAAAGUGGAGCAUGCCAGAAUCCAAAUGAACCAUUCGUGGUUACAAGUAACAGUCCUGUAAGGGGUUGAUUAAGACAACAAGAUUAGCAUUAACAUCUCCUCCAUUUUCAUUAAUAAUCAGGUGACUGCCUCAUCCAAUUAAUUUUGCAUUGUUUUGCUCACAUUCUGUUCAUCUGUUUCCUCAGUCUAGAUGGCAUGCUUUUCAGUGGCUGGGAAAUCCGAUGUGACACAGGUGAAACAACUACUCUGACACUCAGAAUUGGACUGAAAUAUCGAGCUUGUAAAGCCGACAGAUUCCUGGAGCAUGUUUUUUGAGAUAAUGCACCAUAAAAUAAUAAUUACCGUAAUGCUCGGAAGCCUCCAGGUGAUGAGAGCAGCCUGUGUAAGCACCAAUAUGGACCUGCUUGUCUCCAAUCUACUGAGUGGUAACUCGAUCUGCUUCCAGUGAAAUUUUCUUUAACUCUGCUCUGGUAUGGAUAGGGUAAUAGCCUCGGGUGCUUUAUAAGUUUAUUUUGGGUAAUAGAGACGCUUGUUUUGUUACAGCCUGUUCCGCCCUACUCUCUCUCUCUUCCCUCUCUCCCUCUUUCUUCACAAUUUUACCUACGCCGAAAUUCCUGGCUUGUUGAAAGUUGGGGACUGGAAGGAGAAAAAAGCAGGGAUUUGAGGGUGGAGCGCAUGCGCAAUGUGGAGGUUUUUUUUUUGCUCCGCGCAUCCAUGCUGCAGUGUGGUAGACUGAGAGAGGAGGCGACUGAAGCAGGUGAGAGAGAGAGAAAGAGAGAGAGGAGAGGAAGGGGGGGAAAGGAGAGAGGGAGGAAGACUUUUUCUGCACUUCGACACGGGCAGACACACACACGGUGUGGGAGGACGACGUACUCGGAGCCUCAGCAAAGCCGCUGUUGUUCACACGCUGCGCUCUUUUCCUCCCCCUGCCCUGGCACCCUGCACGCUCGCCAAGCCGCACUGUUUGGAGAUAGUUCGCUCGGAAAGUUUUUUUUCCCCCUUUGGAGCAUACUCUCUGGAACCGAUUGUUGUCCUUUUUUAUUAUUUAUUUUUGUGAGGCGGAUGACUCUCUUUGUGUGUGCGCGCUCGUGAAGAAGUUUUGAGGAAUUGUCACAGAAUGGAAGGCAAAUUGACAAGUCGUUUGUGGCGAGGAUCACCUUGUGGAUCUUUCCGCAGGUAAAACGCGCUGUGACACCUGAGCGGCUGGAUCUAAAGUGCAGGAUUUUUUGUAUACAUAUGUAUAUGUUUGUUUGUUUUUUUUACACGUUUAGAUUUAUUAUUAUUUUUUACUUGGCUAGUUGGUUUAAAAGCAGGCCGCUUUCAAUUAAAAGCCAAUCGACCAAAUAUCCGACGUUUCCGCUGUGGGGGUUGCCUUUAGAUGCUUUUAUUUGGUAACUGUCGCGCACUGAAUCUUUAAAGGAAUCGACUUGUUUCCUCGUAUUGACUUUUAGAUAUUUUAUAAAUCCCGCUGCUUUCCACCAGACCUAUAAGCUGUGCAGCGCACGGAGCGCUUUCACUGAUUUUGUGUUUGGGAGGGAGACGUCCGUGUUCACCAAACACCCCCCAAAAAAGACCCGAAGAACUCUCAGCUUUAGAGUUUUGUUCACCCCAACCAAGCACUUUCCGAGAGAUCCGGAUCAAAACGACGAGACUUGAGUGCAGCGGAAAAGGAAAUCUUAAAUCCACCUGGCCUGCACUGGGAUUAUUGGUUUGAUAUCAUCUGCAGAGAGUGGAUUACAACUGCUAACGGGCUGUGCUCCCUGAUCGGUGGCAGUAUGAACCUGGGGCUGGGCUGUGUGUGUCGGCCGGUUAGCUGGCCCUUUGGCAGCCUGUUGGACUCCAGACACUGUGUCUUUGCCCUCACACUCCUCACACUCCUCAUGCAGGUGGUGGUGGAGGCCAACUCGUGGUGGUCUCUGGCCAUGAACCCUUUACUGAUCCCUGAGGCCUACAUCAUCGGUGCACAGCCUCUGUGCAGCCAGCUGGUGGGCCUGUCACAGGGCCAGAAGAAACUAUGCCAGCUCUACCAGGACCACAUGCAGUACAUCGGUGAAGGUGCCAAGACGGGCAUCAGAGAGUGUCAGUACCAGUUCAGACACCGGCGCUGGAACUGCAGCACAGUGGACAACUCCUCCGUUUUUGGACGCGUCAUGCAAAUAGGCAGUCGAGAAACCGCAUUCACUUAUGCCAUCAGCGCAGCAGGGGUGGUGAACGCGGUGAGCCGUGCCUGCAGAGAAGGGGAGCUUUCCAGCUGUGGGUGCAGUCGUGCCGCUCGCCCCAAAGAUCUUCCCCGAGACUGGCUGUGGGGCGGCUGUGGAGACAACCUCAACUAUGGCUACAGGUUCUCCAAGGAGUUCGUGGACGCACGAGAGAGGGAGAAAAGCUAUCCUAAAGGCACAUAUGAGAGUGCACGGCUGCUGAUGAAUCUCCACAAUAACGAGGCAGGAAGGAGGACGGUGUCAGACCUUGCCCACGUGUCCUGCAAGUGCCACGGGGUGUCGGGCUCCUGCAGCCUGAAGACCUGCUGGCUGCAGCUGGCUGACUUCCGCAAGGUGGGCGACGCGCUGAAGGAAAAGUACGACAGCGCGGCGGCCAUGAAACUCAACGCGCGUGGAAAGCUGGUGCAGAUGCACAGCAAGUUCAACGCUCCCACGAGCCACGACCUGGUGUACAUUGAGUCCAGUCCAGACUACUGCUUGAAGAACCAAAGCACGGGCUCCCUGGGCACAGUGGGGCGCCUUUGCAACAAGACCUCGGAGGGCAUGGAUGGGUGUGAGCUGAUGUGCUGCGGCAGAGGUUACGACCAGUACAAGGCCCAAAUAGUGGAGCGGUGCCACUGUAAGUUCCACUGGUGCUGCUACGUCAAGUGCAAGCGGUGCACCAAAAUUGUAGACCAGUUCGUCUGCAAGUGAGAAGAGGAAUGCUGCCUGUGUGUGUUUGCUUGCAGACGAUGGGCAUACAUCUGUGUGUAUUCAUGAGCAGAUGAGCAACGGAGCUGAACACAGAGAGAGAGAAUGGAAGAAAGAAACUAUAUAAAUUAUAUUUAUAGAGUUAAACAAUUAUGCCAUUGCAAAAAGACAGACUUGUUUUUUGUCAAAAAAUCUUAUGUCUUCAGAAACUGAGAGUAUUCUUAAAUAUUUAUUUUGAGAUUGUCAAUGUUUUAUUUUGGCCAUGUCAUCACCAGCCAAUUUUUAAACCCCUCAAGUGCCUAAAACCGCUUGGAAAUCUUCCCCUGCCCCACCCUCACCCUCUCUCUCUCUCACUUUUUUUUUUUAAAGUUCUACAAAAGAUCAUUUCCUUGUCAGAUGGGUCACACUGAUCAUGAAAUUGGACUGUCUUCUGUUUUCUAACGAGUGACAUUUGAUAUUAGUUCCAUAGUUGACUCAGAGGUUCUGAUUUGUUGUUGGAGGAUGACUGUGUUGAGAGGAGAACGCCUGCGUGCUGUAGCGUAUGGAUGUGUUUUCAUGGGCCCGGCCCCAGACCAGUCUUCACGUCCUUACUGAAGUCUAGCUCUCCCUCCUCACCACAUGUACAGUAAGGAACACUGUUGGUUUGUACGAGUCUUUGAAGUACAAUGGGUACAAUAAGAGGGUUAUUUUGGGGAUUGGGCCCUUUAUUAAGCUGUCCCAGAAGCCUUAGAGUUCCCCAGGUGCUGCAACAAGCCCUCCACCAUUAUGCACUUUGAUACAGAGGCUUAAACCUGUCUGUAUGUGUCUGUUCAGCUGUUAUCAAUAUAUCAAUAUUAUAGCCUACAUUUUUUUCCUCCAUAUUAAUUCAGAGUAUCCAUUUAACAUUAUUCUACAAUACUUAACAUGGUUUGAAUAUAUAUGGGCAAUGUUGUGGUUACAGUGGUGAAAUAUUCUGUGCUCUGUGUAUAUAGUAUUUCUAUCCAACCAAUCAGUAAACUGUAUUUAUUUUCUUUAACCAGAUCGUCCUUUUAAGCUUAAAAACAUCAUCUCCAUAACAGGUCAAUAUUUAGUCAGACAUCCCAGAGUUUCACGGUCACUUUUGGAAAAUUUUUCUCCUCACCAAUGCGGCUCUUCACUGUUUUUGUAAAAGGGAAAUGCACCUUAUUGUUUUGAGACAAAUCCUUUCUUCUCACUUGUGUUUAGCUGUACUGUUACACGCAUUCUUAUCACAGAUGUUCCGAUGUCACCACAAAUGUUCCAGUACCACUCAGUUAACUGUAACUCACUAUCCCUGUGAUGAUUCUCAAUAGAAAAAAACUAUUUCUAACAAUCCAACUAUGUAUAUUUAUAAGCUUCUCUAUGAAUUUGAGGUUUGUUAAACUUAAUGUGUUAUAGCUGAUAUUUUGUUACUUUUUACAAAUUGGCUCAAUGCUCUACUUUGUUUCAAUAAACAUCUAAUGUAAAACAA